AUGGUUCGUAGUGGAAAUGAUAGACUUCAUCGUAAGAGAUCAAGAAGUCGUUCUCGUAGUCCUCGCAGGCAUCGUCGUAGUCGAUCGCGGUCAAGAUCUCCUCGUCAUAAGAUACACAAAUCAACGAGGGAUAGGAAAAAGUCAAGAUCUCCUCGCCGUUCUCGUUCACCACGUAAUAAAAGAAAGUCACCAGAGCGUAAACUUGAAGAAGUACCUUUUGAUCCAACCAAUCCAGAUAAGGAAACCGAACAAAAAAAGCUUGAAUUAGAAAUGCAAAAACGGAGAGAACGUAUUGAGCGUUGGAGAGCAGAGCGAAAAAAAAAAGAAUUAGACAAUGUUAAGAAAGAUGUACGAACUACUAUCAUGUCUAAUCUACAAAUACCAUCAAAAAAAUGGAAUUUAGAAGAUGACAGUGAUGAAGAAGAAGAUGGAAAAAAUAAUGCAGAAAAAAUUGUUGAAGAAGAAGAAAUUGAUCCUUUAGAUGCUUUUAUGCAGGGCGUUCAAGAAGAAGUGCGUAAGGUUAAUAAAGUUGAUGGACAUCGAAGUAAUAUAUCUGAAAAAAAUUUCUCUAAUGAUCUUAAACAAAAUCCAGGAGUUGACACUACUAGUUCUGGAGUUGUAAUUGUAUCUGGAGUAGCAAAAAAAAAGGAUAACAACACCAGAGGUGAACUCAUAGAACAAAAUCAAGAUGCUUUAGAAUAUUCGUCUGAAGAAGAACAAGAAGAUUUGAAUAUAGCAGCUGCUAGUUUAGCAAAUAAACAAAAAAAAGAAUUGCCUAAAAUUGAUCAUGCUGGCAUGAGUUAUUUACCAUUUAGAAAAAAUUUUUAUGUUGAAGUACCAGAAAUAACACGUAUGACUACUGAAGAAAUUGAAAAAUAUAAAGAGGAAUUAGAAGGUGUUCGAGUAAAAGGUAAAGGCUGUCCACGUCCGAUAAAAGUAUGGGCUCAUUGCGGUGUCAGCAAAAAAAUAAUGGAUAAUUUAAAAAAACAUAAUUAUGAAAAACCUACACCAAUUCAAGCACAAGCUAUUCCUGCUAUUAUGUCAGGGCGUGAUCUUAUUGGUAUUGCAAAAACUGGAAGUGGAAAAACUCUGGCAUUUUUAUUGCCAAUGUUUAGGCAUAUUAUGGAUCAGCCUCCUUUAGAAGAUACUGACGGACCAAUUGCUAUUGUUAUGGCACCCACAAGAGAACUAUGCAUGCAGACUGGAAAAGAAGCCCGUAAAUUUACUAAAAGCUUAGGGUUAAGAGUUGUAUCAGUUUAUGGUGGUACUGGAAUAUCGGAACAAAUUGCUGAAUUAAAACGGGGAGCUGAAAUUAUUGUUUGUACACCUGGUAGAAUGAUAGAUAUGUUGGCUGCAAAUAAUGGUAGAGUUACCAAUUUAAGAAGAGUGACGUAUGUGGUAUUAGAUGAAGCAGAUCGUAUGUUUGACAUGGGAUUUGAACCACAAGUAAUGAGAGUAAUUGAUAAUAUACGUCCUGAUCGUCAAACUGUUAUGUUUAGUGCUACGUUUCCUCGUCAAAUGGAAGCUUUAGCAAGACGAAUAUUACAAAAACCAGUUGAAGUACAAAUUGGAGGCAGAAGUGUUGUAGCCAAAGAAGUUGAACAACAUGUAAUUAUUGUUGAAGAAGAACAGAAAUUUAUGAAAUUACUUGAAGUAUUGGGAAUAUAUUAUGAAAAAGGUAGCUGUAUUGUUUUUGUGGAUACUCAUGAAAAUGCAGAUACUUUACUACAAAAGUUGCUGAAAGCUUCAUAUCCCUGUAUGUCUUUACAUGGUGCUAUUGAUCAAUAUGACAGAGAUAGUACAAUAGUUGAUUUUAAAAGUGGUCAAGUGAAGUUGUUGGUGGCAACAUCUGUUGCAGCCAGAGGAUUAGAUGUCAAAGAUUUAAUAUUGGUUGUUAAUUAUGAUUGUCCAAAUCAUUAUGAAGAUUAUGUUCAUAGGUGUGGCAGAACUGGAAGGGCAGGUAAUAAAGGAUUUGCUUACACAUUAGUUUCCCCUGACCAAGAAAGAUUUGCUGGUGAUUUAAUAAGAGCUCUAGAAACAUCAAAUGUUCAAGUACCAGAAUCAUUAAGGACAAUGUGGUUACGCUAUCAAGCAAAACAAGCAGCUGAAGGAAAACAAGUUCACACCGGUGGUGGUUUUAGUGGGAAAGGAUUUAAAUUUGAUGAAACAGAAGCUGUUAUGGCUAAUGAAAAGAAAAAAUUACAGAAAGCUGCCCUUGGACUUCAAGAUUCUGAUGAUGAAGAUAUUGAAGGAGAUAUUGAUCAACAAAUUGAAACAAUGCUUGCUCCAAAACGAAUUGUGAAAGAAGUUAAAGCUAGUGCUAUAGGAUUUCCAAAUUUUACUGGUUUAAUGGAAGUUAAUGGAACUCCUCAAGCAUCAGAAAGACUUGAAUUGGCUAAACGUUUAGCUUCUCGCAUUCAUAUAGCUAAGAAUCUUGGUCCAGAUGCUAAAGGUGCUUCACAACAAACGGCAGAAGCUAUAUUUAAAGGCGGACUUGCUAGUUCUCAACCAGUCAUUACUGCCAAGACUGUUGCUGAACAAUUAGCUGCUAAAUUAAACACACGCCUUAAUUAUCAACCUAAAGAUGAAGAUGGUGAGAGUGAAUGUGGAGAUGGUCAAGAAGCUGGAAUGGAAGAAACAUUUAGAAAGUAUGAAGAAGAAUUAGAAAUUAAUGAUUUCCCUCAACAAGCUAGGUGGAGAGUUACUUCUAAGGAGGCUUUAGCACAAAUAUCAGAAUAUUCAGAAGCUGGUAUAACAGUUCGAGGUACUUAUUAUCCACCACCUAAAAAUCCUCCUGAUGGAGAGCGUAAACUGUUCUUAGCUAUUGAAAGUACUGAUGAAUUGGCUGUUUCUAAAGCCAAAAUAGAAAUUACACGUCUUAUAAAAGAAGAAUUAUUGAAAAUGCAAACUUCUGCACAUCAUAUGGUUAAUAAGGCUCGAUAUAAAGUCUUAUAAUUACUAUUGUAAUAUUUUUUUAUUAAUAAAUUACAUUUUCUUUUCA